CCCGCCCAGCCUGGCGUUGUGUUGUGUAAGCGGGCCCAGCGACCGGCUGGCUGGCUGAAGACCGGGCGGAGAUCGCCGGAGACCCAUUUUUGAACUCGCAGCCAUGUCUCCGAAGAAGAGGAAGCCUGGGCCGGCCACAUCGACAUCCGACAGCUCGGAAGGAGGCAGAAAACUGGACGACGCUGGCACAGAAGCCUGCGCUGCAAAGAAGAAGUUGAAACUGGGUGAUUCUCGAACCCAGAGCUUGGCCGAGUCAGUGAAGGAAGCCCGCUUGAGUGCGGGGGCGUCAGUCGCGGAGUUCCCGUACAACAAGAGGCGCGUCCGGUUGAUCUCUCCGGCUCCCGAUCUGAAAGAGGGCGCGCGGGGGAUCUUGUACUGGAUGUCCCGCGAUCAGAGGGUUCAAGAUAAUUGGGCUUUCCUUUACGCCCAGCGCCUGGCGUUAAAACAGCGCCUCCCGCUGCAUGUUUGCUUCUGCCUGGUGCCCAAAUUCCUGGAUGCCACCAUCCGCCACUUCGGUUUUAUGCUCAGAGGCCUGGAGGAAGUUGCUGAGGAGUGUCAACUGCUCGACAUCCCUUUCCACUUGCUGGUCGGUUUCGCGAAAGACACGCUGCCUCGCUUUGUGACCCAACACGUCAUUGGCGGGGUAGUGACAGAUUUCUCCCCGCUCCGUGUUCCCAUGCAGUGGGUUCGAGACAUCCAGGAACGUCUGCCGAGCGAUGUGCCUCUUGCUCAGGUGGACGCCCACAAUAUUGUCCCGUGCUGGGUUGCCUCGGAGAAGCAGGAAUACGGGGCGAGGACAAUUCGGCGAAAGAUCCAUGACCAACUCCCCAAGUUCCUGACCGAAUUUCCCCCUGUUGUGAAGCACCCUUUCCCCGCUGGACUUCCGGCAGAGCCCAUCAACUGGGAGGCCUGCUACUCCAGCUUGGAAGUGGAUCGCUCUGUGAAGGAGGUGGAGUGGGCCACGCCAGGAUCCGCCUCUGGCUUGAAGGUGCUGGAAGAGUUUGUGAAGGACAGGCUGAAGUCCUUUGGCUCGGACCGAAACAACCCCAACCGGCCAGCCCUGAGCAACCUCUCGCCCUGGUUCCACUUUGGUCAGGUGGCUGUGCAACGAGCCAUUUUGGAGGUGCGUAAACAUCGCGCCAGGUACAAAGAGUCCGUGGAAGGUUUCAUCGAGGAGGCCGUGGUGCGUCGGGAGCUGGCGGACAACUUCUGUUUCUACAACCCCAACUACGACAAGGUUGAAGGUGCUUACGACUGGGCCAAGACCACACUGAAGCUCCAUGCCAAGGACAAGAGGCCUUACUUGUACACACUGGAGCAGUUAGAAGAAGGGAAGACCCACGACCCGCUGUGGAACGCUGCGCAGCUCCAGAUGGUUCACGAAGGGAAGAUGCACGGCUUCCUGCGGAUGUACUGGGCCAAGAAGAUCUUGGAGUGGACCAGGUCACCUGAGGAGGCCCUGCAGUUUAGCAUCUACCUGAAUGACCGCUAUGAAUUGGACGGCCGAGACCCCAACGGCUAUGUCGGCUGUAUGUGGUCCAUCUGUGGGAUCCACGAUCAAGGAUGGGCUGAGCGGGCCGUCUUUGGCAAGAUCCGCUACAUGAAUUAUGCCGGUUGCAAGAGGAAGUUCGAUGUCGCCCAGUUCGAGCACAAAUACAGUCCUCGACGCUUCACCCAGUAGUCGCGGCGGAAGCCCCCCCCCCCCCCGCCAACCCCGGUGGACACAUGCUUCUCCCCUUCUAGAGGACAAGAAUAAUAAAGACACUCACUGUGACGGAACAAAAGCAAGUUUGGUCUACUGAUUGAGACACCAGGCUAGAAACCAGGAGAGGGUGAGUUCUAGUUCCCUUUGACAUGAAAGCCGGAUGGGUGACUGGGCCAA